GUUAGUAAAAAAAAAACGGCUCGCUAUGUUGGAUCUUUUACUAGCGGUGUCCCGAGAAAAUAGUAUGACUGAUUCAGACAUCAGAGAGGAAGUUGAUACUUUUAUGUUUGCUGGUCAUGAUAGUGUAGCAAUGGCAGCAUGCUUUACCUUAAUGUUAUUAGCCGAGCACAAGGAUAUUCAGAAUCGCGUCAGGUUCGAAGUUAACAAUGUGAUGAAGGAGAACGAAAAUAAAUUUACCAUAUCAGUGUUGCAACAGUUAUCAUACUUAGACAGAUGUAUAAAGGAAUCACUGCGCUUGUAUCCCACUGUGCCUUUUAUAUCGCGACAGAUCUCAACAGACGUAAAAUUACAAUCAUAUGUAAUACCUGCCGGAACAUAUGUAAAUCCUUUUAUCUACGGUACGCAUAGAGAUCCUCAUUUUUGGUCAAAUCCAGAUGUAUUUGAUCCAGAUCGAUUUUUGCCAGAAAGGAGUCAAAACCGUCAUCCUUACGCUUACAUACCGUUUAGCGCGGGACCACGGAAUUGCAUAGGUCAACGAUACGCUAUGUUAGAGCUGAAAGCUAUAAUCGCUUCUUUGAUACACAACUUUUACUUGGAGCCAGUCGAUUAUAUAAAAAACGUAGGAAUAAAGGCGGAGUUGGUACUUCGCUUUAAUUGUCCAGUUCGUAUGAAAUUUGUCCCAAUUGAAUCGAUAUAGCUAUUAUAGUCAAAAACAAGUAAAACAAAACGAAUUAAUAUAAAUCAAUCAACCUAAUUUGAUAAAUGAGCUGAUAUUAAAUCUGAAAGUAAGUUUGGUUAAAAGCAUUUGGUCGUAAAGUUACUGUAUUAGAAGCAGAAGCGAAUGCGGAAGCGCCGUAUAGAAAGAUUGUUGAACUGCUUCUAAUGACUGGCGAAUGUUGACCAGUAGUAGUAGUUAAUGAAGUAGUAGUAGUUCAUGAAUCCUCCAGAGUUUCUCCUAGAAGAUUAAUGACGUAAGGAAUUCCGGUGAUGGGCAAUAAAAAGAGAAGAAAUCUUUUAAUGGUGUAUAUCCGACGUAGGUAAUGUCUCGCACAUGAGCUCUUUUUUUCUAAGACAAAAAAAAAGUUAAUAGAGUUGUGCGCGAAAACUUACUUUUCUCGCGAUUUAAUAACAUCUUCAAUUUGUUUUUAUCAGGUGUAAACAUAAUCUCAAAAAACUUACAUUUUCAGAAAAAGAUAAGAACAGACGCCAAGUAUACGCACAACAUGUAUUGUAUUUACAUUAAAAAUCUUAACUUAAACUGUUUUUUAUA